AACUAGCUGUCACUUCUUCAUUACCUCUAUGCAUGUAUGCAGUGACCAUCAGCUGCCAGUCAGGCAGCAUCUGUGCAAUUCAUCCUAACCAGCUUUCCCGCCCAACAACCCUGUCGUCUGUUACUGACCACUCCUAGGCCACUGAUGCAGGAGGAAGCACAUGGUGAAAGGACUGAGAUCUGACCUUGUCACCAUGAACCUGACAAAGAGCCUGUGCCUGGAUUUGUUAGCUAAAAGAAAUAUAAACAUUAUUCUGCUACAUUACAACUUAACUGGACGUUUAAGUGGCCGAUCAAGCAACAGCAGCACUCUUCUCAAAGGGCUCUUCGUGUUCAUCAGUCUUUUCAUCGUCCUGGAGAACUUCUCUGUGCUAAUAGCCUUGCUCAGGUAUGUGCGAGUGAGACGCUGGGUUCAUUGCUGUUUAGCAAACAUCGCAUUGAGUGACCUCCUGUCUGGCGUUUCAUACCUGCUUAACAUUUUCCUUUCGGGUCCUACCACCUUCCUCCUGAGUCCAGAACAAUGGUUUUUUAGAGAAGGCCUUGUCUUUACCACUCUAGCUGCCUCCACUUUCAGCCUGCUGGUAACGGCAGUGGAGCGUUACAGUACUAUGGUGGCCCCAGUCACUGAAAGCCCCUCGAUGAAAGUAAUACGUGUGCAAGGUCUGAUCAUUUUAUGCUGGGUAUUUGCUGCGGUGGUUGGACUCUUGCCCUUGUUUGGAUGGAAUUGCCUGUGCCACAUUGAAAGUUGCUCUAGCCUUCUUCCUCUUUACUCUAGGCAAUACAUUUUCUUUAGCCUUAUGCUGCUGUCUAUCACUCUACUUGGCAUAAUUGGAUUUUACUGCACUAUUUAUUUCCUAGUAUGUUCGAGUGCCAAACGUGUGGCAGUCACAAACCAAAGUCGGCGUGCCUUUCACUUACUUCAAACAGUUCUCAUCAUCCUGGGCUCUUUUGUACUCUGCUGGAGUCCACUUUUCAUAUACCUUUUGUUGGAUUCUACAUGCUCUCCCCCUUCCUGCCAAUCUCCACUUGGACUGGAAUGGGUGCUGGCUGUAGCUGUCUUGAAUUCAGCCUUUAACCCACUGAUUUACUCCCUCCGGAGCUCAGAGGUACGUAAGGCUAUGCUGGCAUUCCUGUGCUGUGCCUGCAACUGGGCAGGAGUUAAGCUACCUGCAAACUGCCAGCAAGGCACAGAAGUCACCUCUGGCUCAUCAAAUGAAAGUUCACUCAGGCGAAUAAGUAGUGUGCGUCUUUCACGAUCAUUGAGUAUUAGAAGCCCUCUAACCAGCAUUUCAAGUGUGCCCAGUCAGUAAUAAGAUGUCUAAGAAAUGUACUCACUGAAUUAUGUUCUUUGUGCCAUUACCAGACAGAGGGGUCUACUCAUGAAGCAGUGAAAAGUGUGGAGAAGUGUGCCAGUGGAGAAGUUGCCCAUGACAACCAAUCAGCAUUGAAGUGACAUUUGCCAUUUGCAUACUAUGCAUUUGUAUAGAGCAGAUGAUUGGUUGCCAUAGGCAACUUCUCCACAGGCUCACUUCUCCACUCUUUUUACUGCUUCAUGAAUAGACCCCAGUAUUUUACCAAUAUCACCAGUCAUUUGAGUCACAGCAUAUUUACAAACAGAAUUAACGGAUAGGAAGUGUUUGGUAAAUCCACACAGAAAUAAACUGAAAACUGGGAUUUUUUACCUCUAGAUCCAAAACCCGUCAUUUCAUUUAUAUUAUUAAUAUUUAACAAAUUAGAUGUAACACAAUGGUCAAAUAAUGAAGAUUCUCAAGAAAAACUUACGUGGCAUUAACUACCCAUGCUGUACCUAAGCAACCAGCUUUUCUCAGAAACAUUAUUAUUAACAUUAUUGCCCAGCAAGACAGAAUGUACAUAUAAUGUACAAAACACAUUGCCAGAAAAUAUUGCUCAGCUCUCAGCUCAAUCUUGUGAGGAAGAGAAUGGAAUUAAGCGGAACACCAAGCUAGUUAAAAAAUGGUAGACAUUUGGGGCCAGAUGUACUAAGCUUUGGAAAGUGAUAAGCGUCACGGUGAUAAAGUACCAGCCAACCAGCUCCUAACUGUCAUUUUUCAAACCCAGCCUGUAACAUGGCAUAUAGAAGCUGAUUGGCUGGUACUUUAUCACCAUGACAUUUAUCACUUUUCAAGGCUUAGGGCCUAAUUCAGACUGGAUCGCUGCAGCAGCAGCGAUUGCAGACUCAGUCUGAAGCUCUUUGUUGUGCACGUGCACACCCCGGGAGCCCAGUGAGAUGCUAAAAGCAUCUCAGGGCUGCGAUCACCUCUGCCUGAUUGACAGGUAGAGGCGGUCACGGGGCAGGAGGGGGCGUGCCAACGGCAUUGGCGGGGCGCGGUACGGAUAACGCAGGCGUGUCCAGACCUUUGCGGCUGCGGGACGUCACACACAGCCGCUGAGACACGGCAGGUAGCUCCCUGCCAGUGCGCAGGAAGGGAGCUACUCGCUGGGUGCAAUAGCAUAGCCACCGUGCAGGGAUGGGGGGGGAUCAGAGGGGGGAUCAGACAUACAGGGCGGACUAGCCCAGUGCUGGGUGUCCCCCCGCAUGUCUGAGAAACUGAUCAGAUCUGAAUUACCCCCUUAGUACAUUCUUUAUGUACUUUAUACAGUACAUGCUUUAAGAAGUGUUCUCAUUAACGUAUUGCAAAGCUACCUUGCAGAUAAGUGUACUAUUUACUUAAAUAAGUAUUCAUUUGAAAUGCCACAGUAUUUUGACAGAGCAUCAAUGAUUCUGAGUGCAUCAGACCCACAGGUCAACGUGCCUUAUUUUUUGCACUAUUAUAGUGAAAGGUAAGAGCCUGUGGAUGGGUCCAAAGUAGUGUAUGCGGUUCGGUUCCCUAGAAAUCCAAAUCCACGCAAAUUUUGUGGGUCCGAACCAAUCCAAAACCCAGUUUGGAUCCCUUGAGAAGAUCUGAACCGAGUCCUGGGUCGGAAUUUGGAUUUUAAAUCUGAAUUUUGUGUUUUGGAUUGCAAAAAUUACAUGAUUUUAGCUGUCUUUAUCCUUUUGUAAGAAAUACAAAAACCCAAGGUUCAGAUUUUAAAUCUGAAUUCCAAACCAAAACACUUGAGGGUGGUUUUGCAAAACCAAAGCUUGACAAUGAAAUUAGAACCAAAACACGUGCACAUCUGUAGUCCAAAAUAUCUGGGAGAGGGCCUUUCUAGGGGCCUGUGUUUUUUUUUUACAAAAGUCACCAGAAACUGGUGUGGCGAUGCAACCACUCAGCGUUGGGGCACGCAGAAACUCUCAGUGACCCUGGUGACAGCUCAUUUAAUAGGAUAUUUAAAAGUGAAUCAAAUGUUGUCAAAUAAUAAAUGCAUGUACAAAGUUUUAUACAAUUUCAGGAGCAGGGUUCCCCCGCAGCACAGGACAUGUGAAAUGAGGCUCCUGUAAAAUAGAGGCAGGAGAAUGGUGAUAUAAUUUAUACAGUAUAUGAAUUAAAGUUAGACAUCAAACUGUUUUUUUUUUACUAUCCAGAAGCUGAAGAGUUGUGGAAUGUAACAAUCUGAGAAGCAAAUUAAUUAUUUGUGAGCAAUCAAACAUGGCUGACGGACACAUAAGGCCAGCUUGGGUUUGCCUUACUAUGCAUUGCUGCUUUGCAUUUGACUGCUAACUUGCCAAAUCUCUGGAGAUUCAGCAUCCCACACCCAGUGACAUUUCUCGCUUACACUAUUGGAUAACUUUCAAAUAAACCUGAAAAACUAACAAUGGGGUUCUUAUUCAGCCAUGCACCCCUUACUGUACCCAAACAAUCAGGUCCUGGGACUGAAAAGGAUUUUCAUUGAAAUACUGUACACAUUACUAAAUUUACUAUACUUCUAUACUGUCUCAAAUUGAGGGGAUGGAUAUUUCCUAAGAGCUGUAGCAUAUUCUUGCUGUGUACAGUAUGUAUGUGUAAAUAUAUAUAUAGAUAUAUAAGUGUAACUAUAUGUUAAGUGUUUAAGAUAUAUGUAUAUAUACAUUUGGUAUAUGUUUUAUGUCUGUAUAU